GUAAAUAAAUUUAUUCUUCCUUAACGGCCUCGACGUUGCACUGUUAACAGCCCACACAAACUCUCUUCCCCCGGAAAUAGAAGAACCAUAUCGAACUCUAAGAUCUAAUUACUCUCUCUCUCUCUCUCAUUAGUUUCCUCGUCUCGCUUCUCUGUCUCUUAUUGAAUAGAGUAUCUAUAACCAGAUCUAUCUCUAUUCCACAUCUUUGAUUUAGAAUCUAGCCAUUUUCUCAAUUAAUCGAAGUUCCCAAUCCAUUUGAUCGCUCAGUCUUCAUGGUUUGUUUCUGAUAAAAUCCCAAGGAGAUCUGUAUUGCAUCAUUUUUCUUCGAUAUUGUAACCUUGAGGCUUAAGGUGUCAACUGUCAAAUAAAGGGGCUUCUUUUGAAAGGUGAGAUUGACAUAAGAUAAUUAUAGUGGGAUGAGAUUUGCAUUAUGACCUUAUAGUGCUUAAGUGGGAGUGCAAAAAUCUUUCUGAAUAUUUUAGAGCUAGGUAAACAAUGAGGGGAAGAUCCGAUGGGAGCCAGAAGAAGCGAUUAAUAACGUCUGUCUGUGUAGUGGCAGUCUUUCUUGGAUUCAUAUAUUUUUACUAUGGAUCCAUUUUUGGCUCUCAAAGCCGUGGAGCAGCAGCUCUAGAAUAUGGGAGCAAAUCCUUGAGAAAACUUGGAUCAUCUUAUUUGGGUGGGGACGAUGACACUGAUGGAAAACAAGAUGAUUCAACUAAAUUUGGUCAGGAAGAUGGAGAGGAGGAUACUAUUACAAAGAGCUUCCCGGUUUGUGAUGAUCGGCAUUCAGAACUCAUUCCGUGCUUAGACAGGAAUCUUAUAUAUCAAAUGAGACUGAAGCUGGAUCUCUCUUUGAUGGAGCAUUAUGAACGACAUUGCCCCCCUCCGGAAAGGCGGUACAAUUGCUUGAUUCCUCCUCCACCAGGGUACAAGAUCCCAAUUAAAUGGCCAAAAAGUAGAGAUGAAGUGUGGAAAGCGAACAUUCCUCAUACUCACCUUGCACAUGAGAAAUCUGAUCAGAACUGGAUGGUUGUGAAAGGUGAAAAGAUAGUAUUUCCUGGGGGAGGCACACAUUUUCACUAUGGAGCUGAUAAGUAUAUUUCUUCAAUUGCAAAUAUGCUAAACUUUUCAAAAAAUAAUUUAAACAAUGAAGGAAGGAUAAGAACAGUUCUGGAUGUUGGCUGUGGUGUUGCUAGCUUUGGUGCUUAUCUUCUGUCAUCUGAUAUAAUUGCAAUGUCUUUGGCACCUAAUGAUGUGCAUCAAAACCAAAUCCAGUUUGCCCUAGAAAGAGGAAUUCCUGCAUAUCUUGGCGUUCUAGGAACCAAAAGGCUCCCUUACCCAAGCAGAUCUUUUGAGCUUGCACACUGUUCACGUUGUAGAAUAGAUUGGCUCCAAAGAGAUGGUAUUCUUCUGCUUGAACUGGAUCGGCUACUCAGACCAGGAGGCUAUUUUGCCUAUUCUUCUCCUGAAGCUUAUGCACAGGAUGAAGAAGAUCUCAGGAUAUGGAGAGAAAUGAGUGCCCUUGUGGGACGUAUGUGUUGGAGAAUAGCUGCAAAGAGGAACCAAACUGUCAUUUGGCAAAAACCUUUAACAAAUGACUGUUACAUGGAAAGAGAACCUGGUAUGCAACCACCUCUCUGUCGAUCUGAUGAUGAUCCAGAUGCAGUUUGGGGUGUGCCAAUGGAAGCUUGCAUUACACCUUACUCUGAUCAUGACCAAAGAGUUAAGGGGAGAGGUUUGGCUCCAUGGCCAGCUAGAUUGACUACUGCUCCUCCACGACUUUCUGAUUUUGGCUAUUCCAAUGAAAUGUUUGAGAAAGACACGGAAAUCUGGAGACACAGAGUGGAGACUUAUUGGAAUCUCUUGAGUCCAAAGGUUCAAUCUGACACGCUUAGGAACUUGAUGGACAUGAAAGCAAAUUUAGGUUCAUUUGCAGCUGCUCUUAAAAGCAAGGAUGUUUGGGUAAUGAAUGUGGUCCCUGAAGAUGGGCCAAACACACUGAAGGUGAUAUAUGACAGAGGCCUGAUUGGCACUGUACACAACUGGUGUGAAGCCUUUUCAACGUAUCCUCGAACUUAUGAUUUGCUCCAUGCUUGGACUGUCUUUUCUGAGAUCGAGAAAAAAGGCUGUAGCGUUGAAGAUUUGCUUAUAGAGAUGGAUCGCAUUCUUAGACCCAGCGGAUUUAUAAUCAUUCGCGACAAACAAGUGGUGGUAGAUUUUGUAAAGAAAUAUUUAGUGGCUUUACACUGGGAAGCAGUUGCAACAGCUGAUUCCAGUUCAGAAUCAGAGCAAGAUGUAGAUGAAGUCGUGUUCAUUGUCCAAAAGAAGUUGUGGCUAACAAGCGAAAGCCUUAGAGAUGCAGAAUAGGACAAACAAAGAAUCUUCCUUCCAUGCUCUUUCUAUAUCUCCAAGGGCGCCCAACUGAUUAAGAAGGUUGUUUUGGGCAGUGAUGCAUUAAACAGUUUCAUUUUGUAGCAUUAAGUGAUGUUCACAUUAAUUUUUUCCACCACCUUCCAUUAUAAUGAUUCAAUUUGAUAGCUAUAAACUAUCAGCAAUUCAGCAUCUAUAGGCUAUUCUUCCUUUUAUUCUUUUUGGUAUUGUUUUUAGUUGUGAGAUGCAAUGAAAAAGUACUUCAGCUCUUGAUGAAUAAUUAUUCGUAAGAUUUGCUGCUGAAGUAGAGAAACGUUGGCUUCUAAUUGGUCUAAUUAUUUAUAAAUGAAUCUAGUUGCUUUUGUUGAA